AGGAAGUAACUCGGAGCAAUGCUGCGCGACGCGUAAAGUCAAAAAACCGAGCGAGCGCUCGUCGGCAGUCGCAGGUCACGCGCGUGAGAGCGAGCGGGGAGAAUAAUAGCCAAGCGUGAGAGCGUGCCAAAUGCGCCGUGGUGUCGGACACUAACCGCGCAGGAGUUCGCUUUUGCGAGAGAAAGACAUCCCUGUCGCACCGUUAACGCAAAUAUUAACCCAGCGCCGUACUACACACUUCAUCAUCUGGAACAACAACAACCCCCCCCCUCCCCGCAAAAAAGACGGAAGGAAAUAAGAGCGCGGAUUUAGGAGUCUCGAGGCAACGUUUCCCUCGCGCCGUAAGACCUACAAAAAUUGGCAAAAUAGAUCAUCUGGCGUUCAGGAUGCCGCGGGUGGUCCCGGAUCAGAGGACCAAGUUCGAGAACGAGGAGUUCUUCAGGAAACUUAGUCGCGAAUGCGAGAUUAAAUACACCGGUUUCCGAGACCGACCACACGACGAGAGGCAAGCCCGGUUCCAGAACGCCUGCAGAGACGGCCGCUCAGAAAUAGCUUUUGUGGCGACCGGCACCAAUCUCUCACUGCAGUUCUUCCCCGCCAACCUGCAUGGAGAGCAGAGGCAGUUGCCCACCCGUGAGUACGUGGACUUCGAGCGCGAGACAAGCAAGGUGUACCUGAAGGCCCCUAUGAUCUUGAAUGGAGUGUGUGUGAUCUGGAGAGGCUGGAUUGACCUGCAGCGUCUGGAUGGGAUGGGCUGUUUGGAGUAUGAUGAAGAAAGAGCACAGCACGAAGAUGCUCUGGCUCAGGCAGCCUUUGAGGAGGCCCGCAGAAGGACCCGUGAUUUUGAGGACAGGGACCGUUCACAUCGUGAGGACCUGGAGCCCAGGCGACAGCAGAACCCCAGCCCUGGCUCCAACAUGGGCAACACUGACGAUCACAAGUUGCGCUAGCAGCAAUCACCAAUGAAGUGGGCAGGGGAAGGGUCACAUGAUCACCACCACCACAGCAAUCUCGCAUGCCGAUGCCCUGCUGAUCCCAGGAGAGACCAAAGUCCACAUGGCCAGGGAUUUGGGGGGGUGGGCUUGGGGACGGUUUCAUAGUGGUCACUCAUUUAAUGUGCUCAUGGACGUGGGCUGGUUAGGGCUGGUUUCUACGUGUGUGUGGGGGAUGAGUUGUAUUUAAUUAACCCUCCCUUGUUCCUUCUUGGGGUUUUGCACUAUAUGAUACUUUCAAAUAUACCCCCACAAUGCCUUUCGGUAUACAAAGUGUUCCUACCUAUUUUCUUUCGUCCCCUUACGCAAGCUAUAUCUUAUUUUAAUUUUUGGCACUAUUGUAAUGAAAUGGCAUUCUUAUUAUUUUGUUCAUAUUGUUUUGUGUGAAAGUCAAAAUGUUUACUUUUUUUGUAUUUUUGUUUUCUACAUAUAAACUUACGUCCUCGUGCUUUUGUAGGGGAACCCAGUAAAUGUUGCUAGUGACGUCUGUGCUGUAGAGUAGAAAAAAGGAGAAAAUACCGAAAAAGAAGCUGCAGAUGGUGUUGACGAGGGAGGUGCGCUCCCCUCCCCUCGUCUCUUUGCCUGCUCUCAGCGUCCUCCUCUCUGUGUGACGUAGAGAGUGAGCCGGAGCGAGCCCAUUUCAAGGCCAGCCAUGUUCGCAGCAGCUUCCAGACAAAUCCAGGCAAAGAGUUCUUCGCUUUUUUCCCCCUUUUUUUUUUUUUUUUUUUUUUUUUUUUUUUUACUAAUCAGUGUUCCCCUCCUUCUGCUUGUCUCCCUUCAUUGUUGAAAUUUUUUGUCACCUUGCUUUUUUUUUUUUUAAAUUUAAUUUUAUUUUUUUAAUGUCCGUACCGGUUCUGGGUCUUGUUUCUCUGCCUUAACUGAAAAUAUAGGCCAGCUUUGCCACCUUGCGGUGCUGCACAUUUGAUCUCCGCAGAGCAGAUCCCCCUCGAGAUGAAACAGUCAGCAUUACCUUGUUCUUAAAUGAAAUUGAGAGAAAUUGCAUGCCAGCUGAAUGUCACGUCUAGGUGAUUUUUCUUUUCUCGCUUAUCCUUGUCUUUUGUCUUCCACAAUGGUUCUUCUCCCAGUUAUUUUUUUUUUCCAGGUGCACUAGCUCUAUAACACCAAUGUUGGAAAAAUUGAGCGAAUGGUUCAUUCAAGGAAACAUAGGACGAAUUUUAUAGACCUUGUGUUGUCAUUACAAUGUCAAAAGACAGUAGGCGAAGGUGAGGAAUGCAGAGAAAAAGGGGUCCAAAGGGAAGCAUCGCGUCUUCCUGGUGUCUGAAGAUGAGCUUACCAUCAUUCAUCAAAACAGUGUUUGAUGAUGCUCACUUCAAAAGGGUUUGCAGUAGCAGUUUCCAGGAACUGCUGUGGGCUAAACAGCUUUUGUUGCGGAGUAAUUUGUAGGUAUAAGUCAACCUGCUCACCAGCAUGGUUUUAACAGUGUGGCCUUGGCAGAGUUUCCCGAAAUCAGUGUAGCUUUAAAACACACUAAGUAGAAUUCUUUUACCAAAACAUCAGAAUUGAUUGGUUAUGGUAUUAUUUGCAGUUUCAUUUAAAAAGGUAUGUAAUGUUCUAGGCUGAUGGAGAGGUACAAUGUCGAUGCCCUCCUUUUGGGGGUUUUGUUUGUUUUACAUUUUUUUAAGUGGUUAAAGCAACACUUCUAGUUCCUAGCCCAUCUUCAUGUGUCCAUAUGAAGCCAUGUAUCAUAUUAGUGAUCCCUAAAAAUAAUUCUUAGUGUACCUUUAAGAACUCAACUGUUAAUGAGUUAAGAAUAAGUUAAUAAUGUGUGUGAGAGGUAAUCUGUUCACAAUUAUACAAUGAUUUUGUCCCUGUUACCCUGUAAUGCUUUUACAAAAGAAAACCAAAGAAGUGGGCUCUGGCAGGUUUGAAAAGAAAGCACUGUAAGUAGAAGGUCGAGAAGCCAGUGAGAGAGCAGUGAAGGUACAUAGAUAGCACUGCUAGAAAAGGAUGGAAAUGAAAUGUGUUUUGAGUUUGUGUGGGUGUGUGUGUACACAAACACGCAUAUGGAUAUAGAGGUAGUCAAAUUGAUUUAUACAUCUGCUUUUUUAUAAUAUAAACUGGUUCCACCUAGAACCUCAGAAGCACUUUGCUUAUAUAUCUGAUGGACCUCUGUCUGAAACGUCCCAUUUCCCUGGAAACCUUGUGUACUUCACUGCAACUUUGACUAUACGUGCAUAUAUAUUACACACAUAAUCUCACGCAUACGCAGUAGAAGUGGUGAAUUACAAACAUCUGUUUUGGCUUCCUCAGAAAGUUUUCAUGAACUUAUUUACCACCAAUAUUUUCAGUGAAACUGCAUUACCUCAUUGCAUGCACAUGGAUGGUAACAUUCUCAAUAUAUAUAGUACCCAACUUGCGUCUUAAAUUAAAUUAAAUGGUUUGAAAUGUAGCCUAUUCAUUAAGUAUAGCCUACCUCUAGCUACAACCAAAAACAAUUUCAUAACUGAUAUAUGUUUGCAAAAAAAGAAUAAUGUAUUAGGUCAACAAUGUUUCUACAUUACCUAAGCUGCUCGUUGACUGGAAUGUCGUGUGUAAGGUACUUAUUGCUAAAAUAGACAUUUUAAACACCAAAUGAUCAGAGACGAUAAGCAAAAAGUCGCUUUGGAGGCCCAAUAUUUUUUUCAUACAGUUUAAAGACAGCAAGAUUAUUACAGGUGGUGUUACUGUUGUUCUUUAUUGUGCUUUCUUGUACUACUCAACAGAAAAUAGGAAACCCUCUCACAGGUCCCUCUUACCCCUUUCAGGUGUGUUUUCAGGUGUGUCUUGUGCUGCGUGUCAAAAAAUACCAUUGUUGGUCCCCUUAAGAUUCUGAGAUUCUGCAUCACCCUUUUACUUAAUGCUGGCGUUAAGGCAACACACACACACCAGGCAGUGGAUUUUCUCACAUUUCAUUUUUUUUUUAAAUAAAUGGUUUAUUUUCUUAAUUGUCUUUAAGUUAUUGAUACCUGAUUUCCUUUUCAUUUUCAGGUUAUGCUAUGAAGAAAUGUUUGAUUUCUUUUUUUUAAUUAUUUUAUUGCCUUUCUUUUCCCUCAGUUCUCUUAGGAAUUAGGGAACCUUUUUUCGUGUUACAUUGUUUAGCUUUUUUCAUUUUGAGCGAGGAGGACUGUUAACUGAAGUGUUAAGUUUGACUUCAUUUUAAAUAAACCUUUAACCAAA